AUGAGAUGCAAAACCAGUUUCUCCUCCUUGUCGAUUCUUCUCUCUCCUCUUCUUGUGUUCAUCCUUACCUCAAAUGUUGUCUCCCUUUCGAGCUCGUGUCAACCCGAAACAUGUGGAAGCAUAAAGAUCCCUUACCCAUUUGGGAUCCAAGAAGGUUGCUACCUCAACGAAUGGUACAAAAUCGAAUGCAGAAACGCUACUUUCCCGUUCCUUUCCAAGCUGCGCAUGGAAGUUGUGGAUAUUUCUCUUCCUGAAGAUGGAGAUGUUACAUACACUAGACUAAAAAAUUAUGGAUCUUUGGUUCGUGUCAAAGUCCCGAUAACAUCUGUUGGAUGUUCCAGAGAUGGAAAUGAGUCUACAUCGCCGGUUAGCCCUUAUUUCAUUGCGGGUUCCAGAGAUCCCAUUUUUCAUUGGAGUGGAAACAGCAUCGUAGCUGUUGGUUGCAACAGCAAGGCGUCUUUGACUAACAUUGGGUCGAGCGUUGUGGGAUGCGAGUUAAGUUGCACUGCAAACAAAGAGACGUUACCUAGCAAAAACGUCCCAUUUUUCGAUAGAACCGGGUGUUCGAGCAACGUGUUACCUUUUGGCUCUCAAAACUGUGUUAAUAACGAAGGGGAAGAAAAAAGAAACUGUGAUGGCAACGGAUGCUGCCGUGCAAGUUUACCGGACGAUGACGAAGGGAUGGCAACGGAUGCUAACCAGGUGAUUGGCGUCAGGUUAGAGAGCUUUGAUGAUGAUGAUGGAAACUCGACAAGCCCAAAAAAAUGUAGAGUUGCUUUCCUAACUGAUGAAGUCUACAUGUCAUCAAAUGCAACAGAGCCAGAAAGGUUUUUUGCUAAAGGGUAUGCUAUAGUUAAGUUAGGGUGGGUCAUUCAAAGGAAGAAUCUUUCCUUCGUAGACUCCUCGAUUUGCAUAAACUUCGAAGAGUUCGAUAGUUUACCAUUUAAAACUCAACGCAGCAGAACUUGUAUAUGCAAGAAUAUCACCGUUUCUGGGACCAAUUAUACAAACUGUGGAUGCAACCAAGGUCAUGAAGGCAACCCCUACCACUUUAACGGAUGCAAAGGAGUAGGUGCAGGUUUUGGCGUUUUAGUCCUAGUAGGUGGUAUUUGGUUGCUGAAGAAAAUUCUUAAGAAGAGAAGGAUGACACUGAGGAAAAGAACGUUCUUCAAACGUAAUGGAGGAAUAUUGUUACAGCAACAAUUAAAAACAAGAGAUGGCAACUUUGAGAAGACAAGAAUAUUCACGUCAAGAGAGCUUGAAAAAGCCACUGAAAACUUCAGCGACAACCGGAUACUUGGACAAGGUGGUCAAGGCACUGUGUACAAAGGAAUGUUGGUAGAUGGUCGGACGGUUGCUGUCAAAAAAUCCAAAGCAGUAGAUGAAGACCAACUAGAGGAGUUUAUCAACGAAGUGGUCAUUCUUUCACAGGUCAAUCAUAGACAUGUCGUCAAGCUCUGGGGAUGUUGUCUAGAGACAGAAGUUCCUGUUCUGGUUUAUGAGUUUAUCCCCAAUGGUAAUCUCUUCCAACACAUACAUGAAGAGACUGAUGAUUACACCAUGAUAUGGGGUGUGCGCCUACGCAUUGCUGUAGAUAUCGCAGGAGCUCUUUCCUAUCUGCACUCUGCUGCGAAUUCUCCAAUCUAUCAUAGAGAUGUCAAGUCAACAAACGUACUACUAGACGAGAAGUAUCGAGCCAAGGUGUCGGAUUUCGGUACUUCAAGAACGGUGACCGUGGAUCAUACUCACUGGACCACAGUUAUUUCCGGGACGGUCGGAUAUGUGGAUCCAGAGUACUACGGAUCUAGCCAAUACACCGACAAGAGUGAUGUGUAUAGCUUUGGUGUCAUCCUUGUUGAGCUAAUCACUGGGGAGAAACCUGUUAUAACCCUACCUGAUUCUCAGGAAAUUAGAGGCUUGGCAGAUUAUUUCAGAGCUGCCAUGAAAGAAAACAAGUUCUUUGAUAUUAUGGAUGCUCGAAUAAGAGAUGCGUGCAAACCAGAACAAGUAAUGGCAGUGGCGAAUCUAGCGAGGAAAUGUUUGAAUUCAAAGGGAAAGAAGCGGCCAUAUAUGAGAGAAGUGUUUACCGAGUUGGAGAAGAUAUAUUCAUUUUCAGAGGAUUCACUAGUAAAGAUUGAAAAUGAGGAUGGUGAUGAUGAUGAUGAAGAGGAAGAAGGAAUGAAUAUGAUAGAGAUCUCUGAUUCGUGGACCAUUGCUCUUACAGCUCCGGCCCCUAGCAUUGUCCCUUCGUCAUCCUUGUCAGAUCUUGAACCAUUGUUUCCUCCUCCCACAUGGUAA